GGCUGGAGAAAGAUGUGAAUAUCGCUUCAGAAGCACCACCACACAGCCAAAGCACACAGCGGUGCAAAAAUACAAACUGUUUUCGGUCGCCCCGUACUCGCCGUUGCAAUUGUUCCGUGGCCUCGUCGCGUGAGAUCGUCUGUCCUCCCGCCACCACCACCGCCCCCCCGCCCUCGGCUGCAGAUAGGCUGGCCAAUUUACGCUGACUGGUGACGCGCGCCAGCGCACCCGCACGCCGACGAAGAGCGACGACGCAGCCUUGGUGAAGCGACCAGUGUAUUUUGUGUUCUUUUUUGUUUUGUUUUGUUCUGUUUUGUUUGCCCCUUUAUUUCGGUCCACGAUCGAGCCCGGAGGGCCCACCACCACUGACGUAGUCUUUUUUGAUUGAGCGCGUUUUGCUAUCUCAACGGAACGGUCGUGAUCGUGCGCGCGGUCCCAGCGAAAGAGGCGCCGUGCGCCAGUUCUUGCCGAUCCACCGGAGCAGAUAGAACGCUUGCUGCGCGCGCACCCCAGCCUGGAGAAGCCCGGUAAUAGAGGGAAAUUGUAUUUAUGCUAUCGCGAUACGCGCCAUCGAUUAGCAGUGUCGGUCGGGCAGUCGGCUAGUGCGGAUCGUGCGACGCAGUAACGUUCGGGAAAUACACGCGACACGCGCGUAAUCGUCCAUCAACCUUACCACUAAACGACAACACUGAAACAAACGAAAAAAAAGGCCGUUCCAUCUCAAACCGGAAGCCUUCUGCGGGGUUGGAAGCGGCGUGUGCUGUAGCGAGUGUUUUUAGCGCGUUGUGUAACCGAAUUUUCGCGGCAGCCAGGUGUGCGAAAGGGUUUUUUUCUCUAAAAACCCCUGCCAACGUUGUGGUGUGCCGCCUUAUCUUACUUGUUGCACAUACACAUACGUUCGUUCCGGUGGUAUUGUAAAACACGUCCCCAAGUGGCCGGUGUGAGUGGGUGAAACUAAACCCCAGGCACUCUAGCCCGACCAGUGAGGCUCCAGUCGCAGCCGCAGCAACUUGCCAGUCAACGAGCCAACCCUACCUACCAGUCCUACCAGCCAGCGAAGCCACUCUCGUCGUCCAAGAUGAGCAUGAGUUCGUACACCGAGAGCAGCUCGGAGGAGGACGACCUGUCGCCGCGCGACAAGGUGCAGCAAAACUCGAAGGGCUAUGCGGACUUCUGCGUCCGCAACAUCAAGCAGCACUCGUUCGGGCGGCACGAGAUCGAGAUCGCGGAGCAGGAGAUGCCCGGCAUCAUGGCGCUGCGCAAGCAGGCGCUCGACGACAAACCGCUCAAGGGUGCGAACAUCGUCGGCUGCACGCACGUGAACGCGCAGACCGCCGUCCUGAUCGAGACGCUCAUCUGUCUCGGUGCGAACGUGAGAUGGGCGGCGUGCAACAUCUACUCGACGCAGAAUGAGGUAGCGGCCGCACUGGCCGAGAGCGGCGUGCCGAUCUUUGCCUGGCGCGGCGAGAUCGAGGAAGACUUCUGGUGGUGCAUCGACAAGUGCGUGCACGCGGAAAACUGGCAGCCGAACAUGAUCCUGGACGAUGGGGGCGACGCGACGCACCUGAUGCUGAAGAAGUACCCGGUGAUGUUCAAGAUGAUCAAGGGCAUCGUGGACGAGAGCGUGACGGGCGUGCACCGGCUGUACCAGCUGUCCAAGACGAGCAAGCUGACCGUGCCGGCGAUGAACGUGAAGGACGCGAUCACCAAGACCAAGUUCGACAGCCUGUACAGCUGCAAGGAGUCGGUUAUCGACAGCCUGAAGCGCGCCACGGACAUCAUGAUCGGCGGCAAGCAGAUUGUGCUGUGCGGGUACGGCGAGGUCGGCAAGGGCUGCGCUCAGGCACUGAAGGGGCUCGGCUGCAUCGUCUACGUGACCGAGAUUGAUCCGAUCUGCGCGCUGCAGGCGUGCAUGGACGGGUUCCGCGUGGUCAAGCUGAACGAGGUGAUCCGCACGGUGGACGUGGUGAUCACCUGCACCGGCAACAAGAACGUGGUGACGCGCGAGCACAUGGACAAGAUGAAGAACGGCUGCAUCGUGUGCAACAUGGGCCACUCGAACACCGAGAUCGACGUGAACAGCCUGCGCACGUCCGAGCUGCAGUGGGAGAAGAUGCGCUCGCAGGUCGACCACAUCAUCUGGCCCGGGCCGGACGGCAAGCGCAUCAUCCUGCUGGCCGAGGGCCGGCUGGUGAACCUGUCCUGCUCGAGCAUCUCGUCGUUCGUGGCGUCGAUCUCGGCCACCACGCAGGCGCUCGCGCUGAUCGAGCUGUUCAAUGCGCCGCCCGGCCGCUACAAGGCGGACGUCUAUCUGCUGCCGAAGAAGAUGGACGAGUACGUCGCCAGCCUGCAUCUGCAGACGCUCGAUGCGCAUCUGACGGAAUUGACCGACGAGCAGGCCCGGUACAUGGGCCUCAACAAGGCCGGCCCGUUCAAGCCGAACUACUACAGGUAUUAGUAUAGCAGGUGCGCUUCGUUUCCGGCCGGGCCGCGCCGCCGCACGCACGACGCCACACGCUGCCGUGCCGCGAGUUAGCACCGCUCGGACGCGCACACCUUUACAGGAUUUUCGAGGAUUAUAUAGACAUGUUCAGCGAGUUGUAGAUUCGUUCAGGCAUAUAAUAGACUCUUUCAGCGAGAUAUAUAAUUGUUCAGAAGUAGGCGUUG